CACAACAAUACUCACUACAAAUAUCCCAAAUACCCAUCAACCAAAUCAAACCCUUCAUCUCUGCCUCCAGACUUCAGUCCGCCAAGGACACUAACCGACCGAACCGUCUAGUUCCAAACCCGCCGGAACCACGGCUCCACCAGCGCAACCGAGCCAAUUUCUCUACCCGAGCUUCGAUCGCGUCGCAUCUCGUCGGCAAUCGCGCUCACCUUCCUCCCUUCCCCUGCCCCAUCCGGGGAUAUAUCAAUCUCAAGUGUCAAGUCCACCCCGGGCUACCCGGCUGAUCCGAUCUGCUCUCUAACCGAUCAUCCACAGCCUAGUCAAGUACCGAGAUGUCGGGCCUUUCGCAGUCCCGAUGGGCCCCGUCGGCGCCUCGACCCGACAAUGUUAAUCGCAAAUCCACCUCGUCUCGAGCCUCGGGGUCGAUUUCAACUGCGAAGUCCGAUCCGGGUCGUGUGCAGAAUGGGCUCGGGAAUGGGUUUAGCGUGAACCCGCACUCCAGCUCCAGCCCCAGCUCUAACACCGACAUGAGCACGAGCACCAUCACCAACUCCACCACCACCACCAAGACCAGCCCCAGCAUCACCGCCUCCCAAGAACUCUCCCGCUUCACGAAGCUCGUCGCCCGCCUGCGCUGGAAACUCCCCUUCCUCGAAGAAGGCUACCGCCUCGCCACGCAAAGCGGCUCCGGCACCCCAUCCACCGAUGCCCCAAUGGACACCCCCUACGCGGAAACAAUGUUCAAGAUCGACUUCCACGAGUACUAUGCGCUGCUGGAGCGCGCGAUCGUGCACCUCCUGUCCGUGUUCGGCGUGCAGGUGACAUCGACGCCUGUGCGCAAAUGGCGCGGCAAGAAAACCGGUCAGGGCGUGCAGUGGAACACCACUGCCCCCAUCGGACCUGGACCCAGUGGGGCGUCGCGGGCUACGCACAGCUAUCAUGCGAAUGUGCUCGAGACGCUGGAGGAUCCGGAGUGUCCGCUGUAUGAGGUGCUGGGGUGCGGGUCUGUGCGGGAGCAACUGCGGAAGGCGAAGGAGCUGCGGAAUCGAUGGAAGACGGCGGAUGAGGAGCAGGAUGUGGAUCGGUGGGGGAGGCAGCGGGCGGUGUUGCCGCUCGAGAGUUAUGAUUUCGAUCAGAUCCUGAGUGAGAUUUUUGGCGGGCUGGAGGAUGGGUAUUUGCUUGCGCAGGCGCAGGUGAAGGGGGAUGGGGAUGGGGCGGAGAGGGAGGUGGAGAUGGAGAUGGAGAUGGAUGGGGGGUGGGAUUUUAUUGUCGAGGCGAUGGAUUGGGAGGCGGUUUGAUCUGUCUUCUUUUUUGUUUUGUGCUGAGAUAGGUGGUGUUGGUAUAUUGUGUAUUAUUGCAUGCAUAGAGCGAGCGUUGAUCAAUACCCAGA